AUGGACGCGGAAUCCCUGGCUGGAGAUGAGUGUCUGGAAGAAGAUGAGGAAGAGCUGGAGACCAGCUUGGAAGACCCAGAACAGGACACGGUGGGGAAAACUCUGCCGGGUGGACGUAGCUGCGGCCUCCUGACCCGCCGAGGAAUCACACUACGGGUUCUUCUCAAAGACGGGCUGAUCGAACCCGGGGAAGGAGUCCUCUCUAUUUACUAUCUGGGGAAGAAAUUUUGGGGCGACCUGCUGACCGAUGGGAAGAUUGCUUGGCAACAGACUGGACAGGUCUUCAAUUCCCCCAGCGCCUGGGCCACCUAUUGUAAGAAACUGGUCAACCCGGCCAAGAAGUCCGGCUGCGGUUGGGCGUCGGUCAAGUACAAGGGCCAGAAGCUGGACCAAUACAAGGCGGUCUGGCUGAAGAAACACCAACCCAACGCUCCCCCUGCGGAGGAGAGUCUGAUCAGUGAAGGGGAGGAAGAGGAUCUGGGUGACGAAGAGGAAGAUGAGGCCAAAGGGAUGAAGGGAGCCUUGGUUGACUCCUUGCUGGCCAAGAAGAUGGACGAUAAAAGCAAGAAGCUGUCGGUGAAAAGCCUGGCAGAACUGCACAGCGUGGAUCAUAGCAAGAGACUGGAUUACCGGAAUCGAGUUCCUGUCCGCUAUUGCAAUCUGGGGAGUCGGGAUUCGGUCAGGAACCCGCACACCUUGGUGGAGGUGACAUCGUUCGCAGCCCUCAACAAAUUCCAGCCUUUUAACGUGGCCAUCUCUAGCAACGUUCUCCUGCUCGUGGAUUUCCACAGUCACUUAACGAAAAGCGAAGUGGUGGGUUACUUAGCAGGCCAAUGGAACAUCAACAGUCAAUUGCUGACGGUGCUGCGGGCGUUCCCUUGCCGGUCGCGACUCGGAGACGGCGAAUUGGCAGCCAUUGUGGAAGAAGAGAUCUGCCAAAAUCUCUUCCUACGAGGUCUGUCGCUGGUGGGCUGGUAUCACAGCCACCCGUUUAGCCACCCGCUGCCCUCCUUGCAAGACAUCGACAUGCAGAUGGAUUACCAGCUGAAGCUCCAGGGAACUAGUAACAGCUUCCAGCCGUGCUUGGCGCUCAUUUGUGGUCCUUACUACCAUGGCAAUCAAGGUGUGGAGUCCAAGAUCUCCCCCUUCUGGGUUAUGCCACCUCCGGAGCAACGACCUUAUGACUACGGCAUCCCCAUGGAGGUUGAAGUCACCUAUAUCCAGGAUGGGUUUUUAACGAACGACAUACUGCACGAAAUGAUGCUGCUGGUGGAGUUUUACAAAGGGGCACCUGACAUGGUGAAGUUCCAGGAGGCAUGGAGUCAAGAACAGACCUACCUGGAUAAACUCAAGGGUUCCUUAGCGUCUAGGACACCCAAGGAUCAAGGUUUCGGACAUAUCCUGGAACAAGUCUACGCUGCCCUCCAACACAGCAGCUGACGAAGCAGCCCUUCGAAGGGGUCCUGGGACUCAGGCAGAGGUCACAAACCUGGAUCGAGGCAGGAUUUGAAUCCGGAACUGCAAGCCCCGACGUGCAUCGGGGAAGGGGAAAAGGACAGGGGUGGGGGUCGGGGUGGAUCCCUUUUAAUGAUUGAAAUCAUUCGGUUUUUUUGGCUCAGCCUCUGGCUGGGAAAGCGAGAGAAAGUACCUCCGGAUGUGUUAGCAAGUAGGUCAGUGCGCCCAUUUUACAGGUAGGCAAGUCGAGAGCUUCCAAAGAUUUAGUUUGCCAAUAGCACCAUUAGGAACUUACGUUUUCCACAAUGUAAGCAGUGACGUAACUGGCCUUGCCAGCUGUGCCUGGAAAUGUUGUAUGGGCCAGGAAAAUAUAUGCGAUAUAUUUUGAGCAAAUCGGCCAAGAGUUACCCUGUGGCAAGAUGGACAGCUGAUAACUUUAAUAAAUAAAAAAAUUAUAAUAAUCUGAAAUAGGACAAGCUGGGGAAACCAAGAUCCUCUUAGAACGGGUCAUGGAAGAACAUUAAAAAUAUGUUUGAAAUUCUUAAGGGGGAAAAAAUAUAUAUUGGUACCCAAGUUUGUCAUCUGGCUGACUUGACUGAAGGAAGGAGGAGAGAUGCUGGGUUGGAGAAUUCUUUUUUUUCCCCCUCUUUUUUGUUUGAGUUUUUUCUCCCAAAAGUGAGGUUGCGGAAGGAAGCCCUUCGUAGACCCCAAAAACGCUGAAUGACACGAUGGGAGAACUUCGGGGGUGGCCAAGAUUGGGGGGGGGAUUACAAAUUGUCAACCAACCGACGUGAACUCGGUCCUACAAAAUGGUCUUCGAUCACCUGGAAUUAUACUCUCUUGAAAUAUAAAAUGUCAAGUUUUAUCGGUCCAACGGAAGAUUUGCAGCUCGGGGUUUGAACUGUGGGGGUCCUUGCUUGUUUUUUCUUGGAGACGUUUCAUGACCCAGCUAGAUAACAUCAUCAGUGCUAGAAGGGAGAGGGGUUUUGUGGAGGAGGUGGAGUGAGGGGUCCUUGGCGCUCUCUGAGCUUGGUUGCUUUUUCUCCAGACCUUUCAUUACCCAGCUAGGUAACAUCAAUCAGAAGGGAUUUGUGGAGUGGAGGAGGAAGGACGACUGGUGCUCUCUGUGCUUAGUAUCUUUUCUUUAAGACAUUUCAUUACCCUACUAGGUAACAUCAUCAGUGCUAGAAGGGGUUUAGGGUUACGGUUAGGUAAUGUCCUCGGUGCUAGAAGCGAUUUGUGGAAUGGAGGAGGAAGAACUUUGGGGUCUUUGGUGCUCUCUGUGCUUAGUGGGUUUUUUUCUCGAACAAGCAAACAACAAACAACAGCCUAAUCGAGCAACUACAGAACAAAUAACACCUCCACCCACACUGACGGCACAAGCCACUCGUAUAUAAACAAACCCCACCUCCUUCUAGCACUGAUGAUGUUACCUAGCUGGGUAAUGAAACGCCUACAAGAAAACCACUGAGCUCAGGGCGCACCAAGGACCCCAUAAUCCUCUUCUCUGCAAACUCCACUCCCUGAUGUCGUUACCUAGUUUGGUAAUCAAACAUCUUGAAGAAAACCAUCAAGCUCCGAGGGCACCAAGGCCUCCCACAAUUGAUAAGUUAUUGAUGAAUGCUAUUUAUGGGGAGGGGGGUUGUCUCUCCCAGAUUUGCUAGGGCAAAAGGACUAGAGCAGCCCUUGAAGACUGGUGGACUUCAACUCCCAGAA